AUGUUUCCCACAGGGAGGUCGAGUCAAUGGGCACAGUAUGAUUCAAGGGCGGACUUGAUAUACCCCAGCAGAAAUGCAAGACGACCUGAUCUGGGAACCAUGUCUGAUCCAGAUCGCCUUGCAGCCUCCAUUGCCAGCACCCAGAUUACAGAGGGAAAUUCACAGGCAUCAUGGCACUGGAUUGAUGCAAGGCUUGGUGACCUUACAUGGGUCAUCAAACGUUCUCAACUUCCACUUGACUGGAUCCAGCAAGACAUCUUGAAGGACCCAAUGUCUCAGGAGCUCACAAAUUGGGUCACCGAGAGCUAUGAUAUGUCGGAUGCAAGAUUCCACAUCAGCCUCAUUGCUGCGUUCAUCCUCACUGCAUGGGCUCCCUUCCAUCGGGUCAAACACAAUGAAGAGAAGAUUCCAGCAGAACUGGCAAAGGGUGCAAACAUGGUUGAAUAUGCCAACAGCCUUGUAUGGGAUCGUGAAUAUGGGAAGACUCAAUCAGGGUGGAAAGCAAAGCCACCACUCUUCCACCUCUGGUUGAUAUACAUUUGCGGUAUUUUGGUGGAGGACAGUCCUUGGUGGCGGAGACAUGAACAGAAGGCCUGA